UAAUGGCUUCUAAGUGUACGUUCCAAUAAUUGCAGACUAAAGAAACCGUCUCGACGGUCGGCGGUCGUCAGGUUCUUGUAAACGGGCAGCAGUCCCAGACUUCCGCCCUCCUCCAAGCCAUGAAGGCCAACAUGGAGGCCGGCCAGCCGACGUCUGUCGUCCAAGGUCAGCCGCAGACGCAGGUCGCCACCGCAACUGGGGAGGCAAACAAGCAGUUUGUCGUCACACCCGACUAUAUUCAGCAAACCAUCAAAUCCGCCUUAAAACAAGAGAACCUCAAUCCCGAAAUCGAGGAAAAACUGUUGCAGCUGCAGAGGUACCAAGAAAAACAAAUGAAACAGGAGCCCGAAUUGCCCACGCCAGUCCCAAAAGUAAAUCAGACGGUUGUCCCUAAUUCCCGGUUCCCCACUGCUACCCGCAAAAGACCGCCCAGUGCUUCCAAGAACGAUGAUAGUGAUUGGGUGAUGGAAACCCCCAAAAGGAGCCGCCCCAACAGAUCCUCCGACGGGAAAAAAAUCGAAACCGAAUCACAUCAAGAACCAGUUAAAGAAAAGAUUGUGUCGCCUAGAGCUAGAAUCAAAAUAAAAGAAGUUUCUGAAGCGGAAAGAAAAGUUACUAUUAAAACGAAAAUAAUGGUUAGUUUGUUUAGACAGAAGGAGCUACUGAAGAAAGAUAUAUUAAGGAAAAGGGCAUUAUUGGAAAAAGAACUGCAAUAUGAAAUCCAG